AUGGAGGCAGUAAAUAAGAGUAGCGUGGUGCAAGACGCUGUCCACCAAGACGCUCACGCUUCGGAUGUUGUUCCGCAGGAGGACCACAGGAGCAGGGAAAAUGUAUUAAUGAAUUUUCAGAUGUUCUUGCGUGUCAUGGAAAAACCCUACCAACGGCAACGCGAAGCAGAGCGAAGUCCCUCAAAAGCGACUCCGAGAAUGCGACCCAUAUACCCUGCCCGCGGAAAUGUGACGCGCUUUUCGAAUGCUACAGCAUCAAGAGCCACUGCUACGCUGCGAGGAGGUACCAAUGCUACUCGAGGUACUAAUGCGACCACUCGCGGCAGCAACGGCACAUCACGGAGCAAUCGGACACGAGGAGGUUCCAG